AUGGCUAAAGAAAGCACGGGAUCCAAAGCAGGCUCUUCGAAGAAAGGUGCCACAUUAUUUAAAACGAGAUGUCAACAGUGCCAUACAAUAGAAGAAGGUGGUCCAAACAAAGUAGGUCCUAAUCUGCAUGGUAUUUUUGGUAGGCAUUCCGGUCAAGUGAAGGGCUAUUCAUACACAGAUGCUAACAUCAACAAGAACGUCAAAUGGGACGAGAGUAACAUGUCCGAGUACUUAACUAACCCUAAGAAGUAUAUUCCUGGUACUAAGAUGGCCUUUGCUGGGUUGAAGAAGGAAAAGGACAGAAACGAUUUGAUUGCGUAUAUGACGAAGGCUGCAAAAUAG